AUACAAAAAAAGUUUCGAUGGAUGGUGGAGCACGUAAAUAUGCAGUUACGUAUUCAAAUUUGCAGAUAAACAAGCAAUUUAAGACGUUGAAAGAACAAGAGAAGUAUAAAAAGAGGUUUAAAAACAGCCUCAAGAGUAAUAAAAAUAAAUGGCAGGUUAUAAAUAAUGGAAUUGGAUCAAAGGUACUCAUUUCCAAACAUAAGUUGAAACGUAGAGGGGAUAUCCUUAAGAAACAUUACAUAUCAGAAAAAGAAAUGGAGUUUCUGGUAGAUCAAGUUACAAGUAAAGCUGGAUACAAAAUGUUAAUAGAUGAUAUUUUUAUGAAUCAUUCUUUUAACGAAGAGUAUUUUUUUGAAUUAAGAAAGAAAAAAGACACUUCUUUUGAACGAAACGAUGGUAAGUUAGCUGAACAG